CACGGUAAUGCCAGCAGUUUAUUGACCACAAAGGCUACAAUAAGAGUACAAAUACUGCUGUGCUUCUGUGGUCAUCACUGGGAAUGAUGGACCCAUCUCAUAAUGGAGCUAUGCUGGAGGGGGAGAGCCAGCCACACAGAGACUCAGAGAUGAACCCCACUGCUUCACGAAUCGCCCACGGGCAGGUAAGUGGUUCUCCAGCACCUAUGAGAAAACUGGGAACAACCAGAAAGCCGAGAGACCGCAAGGUGUUCAACCUAAAAGAUGAGGACCCUGAGGACACGAAGAGGAGAGUUAAAGAGCUGGAGCUUAAACCAUUGUACAAAGAGAUGCUCUACACCAUCCUGCACCGGUUAGGCAAGCCCAGUCCCGAACACAUCAGUGACAAUAGAGAACUCUUCCAGUAUGUGCAGAAGGCCUUCAGCAUGUCACAGGCUGAACAUGAGGAGCUGCUGCUGAAAGUGCAGGGGCUGGAGCCUCCAACUUCCUGUUUGAUGGUCACAGUAAAAGAAGCCAAGGGAAUUCUGGGAAAAGAUGUCAGUGGCUUCAGCGAUCCCUACUGCAUGUUGGCGAUUGUGCACCCAUCGGACUCUCCUUUUGAGAAGAGCUCCAAGGGGCAUGGACCACUCUUCCGCAAACCCAAGAAAGCAGUGGUGAAGAACACCAUCUCUGAGGACUUCAUCCAGCGCAGUAGCGUCAAGAAACAGACCCUCAACCCCAUCUGGGACGAGACCUUUGUCCUAGAAUUUGAAGACAAUGUGGGUGCUGAGUUUCACAUGGACAUGUGGGAUAUGGAUGAAAUUGAGACGCUGGGACAGAAACUUGGGGAGAUAACCGACCUGCAUUCACUGAAGAGAAUCUUUAAAGAUGCCAAAAAAGGACAAGGACAGGAUGACUUUCUGGGAAACGUUGUUAUCAAGUUGGAGGACCUGCACUGCACAGAGGAUGAGUGGUACAUUCUGGAGCCCCGCACAGAGACGUACCCCGACCGGGGGAAAUGCCACUUGCAGUUUAAAUUCAUCCACAAAGAAAGAGACAUCUCCCUUGGGACUGGCCAGCCUGCCUACACCACAUACUGUGGCCUCCUGAAGCAGUUUGUUCAAUACGACAUCUCCCAGCACCAGGAAGGCAGCUCAGCCUGGAAAGGAGAGCUCUGUGCCCCAGCUCAGACUCUGCUGCACCUGCAUGCCACCCUCAACAACCUGCAGCCCUUCCUACAGGACCUUGGAAAAUGGCUGGCCUUCAGUAAACUAUACCAGAGUUUAGAGCUGGACUCGAACAUCCUACUCCACCAGGUCACAAGCAUCGAGUACCAGUGGGCUAUGGAGAAGCUCCCCUAUCAGCAGAAACACGAGCUGGCGGAUUCACUCCAGGCUUUCUUGCUCUACGGACUCUCGCUGGUUCGCAGGUUCCGUGAUGUCUUCCCUCCCAAGUCAGCCCAGCGCCUACAGUCCCUGCUGAGAGUGCUGGUCCAGAUGUGUAAAAUGAAGGCUUUUCGAGAGCUCAACCCCCAAACCAUCGACUUUCAACACAAAGUCACUGAAGCUCUUCAGGAAGGCACUAAAGAAUGGUUCAAAAUGAAGAAAGAACUACACCAACCAAUGGUGAAGAGUAUGGAGGAGACUGUGCGAGCCCUGGCCUGCCUGGUCCGGGAAGUGAAGGAUGACCUUAACGUCAACAAGGAGGUGUGGACCAAAGUGUUCUCCAGCACUGUUCGAGUGGAUGUGUUCACGGUCAACUACCUGGAGUUCGAUGCCUUGCUGGCUGUGGAAGUGCAGGAGACUCUGCCCAGCAGUACAGAGACACAGCUCUCUCAGGAGGUAGCUGACAUUCUCUACCCACUCUAUCUCAGUCUACUGGAUGUGCACAAAGCAAAGUCCUUCAUCCAGAACAAGGACAAGGUGCUGGCUCUGACUGUGUUCCAUGUGAGGUUUAGAGAUGCACUUCCCUGCUGGCUACAGAAAGCCUACAGCACUGCACUGGUGAGGAUUCAGAGAGCCGUGCAGGUGGACCAGCUGAAGCCCCUGAUUGAGAACAGCCCUUUGAUCAAACACAGCUCCUCUGCCGUAGAUCUGGCCACAUGUUUUGCUCAGAUCCGUGGGACGUGGAAUCAACUGAGCUGGCCUGACCCAGAGGAUGCCUUCAUGGUGAUGGUUAAGUUGACCGAGGAUAUGUGUAAAAUCACACUGAUAUACUGCAAAAUGAUCAACCAGCGGGCUGAGGAACUCAAAUCAGACAAUGGGGAUGCAGCCAAUAAGUUGUGUGUGGUAGUCAACAACAUAGAACACCUACGCUCAGUGCUGCAGAAGGUCCCUGACCAACUGGACUGGGCAGGGCUAAGGCAGAGGACAGGUCAUGUGAUUGAGGAAGGGCAGUUCCGGAACACCCUGUACGCCCAGCUGCAGCAUGCACAGGGAGUCCUGGACAGGCAGAUCUGUGACGCUGUGCUCACCCUCGGGCACAAGCUCCACGCAGAUAUUGAGAACCAAAUCCUGAUUCUGGCUGACAGCCAUGGCCCCCUUCCCAAACCAGAAGAUGCUGUGGUCUCUCUGAUGCGGUUUCUGGAGCAAGAACUGCAUUACAUGAAUGAGAACCUGGUGCAGGAAAACUUUAACAGCCUCCUGGCUCCCCUGUGGACCCAUGCCAUUAAGAUUCUGCACAGAGUUUCCCAGCAGCAGGUCUUCUCCCUGGAGUUUUACCAGAGGCUCCAGUAUGCACUGCAGUGUCUGGAGCAGUGUUUCCAUGCAGAGGGUAAUGGUCUGUCUCUGGAAACACUACAUGCUGGGGAGUACAAGGCCCUGAAGGCUAACCUGGAGCUGACCACCCUGAGCAACCGGGAGCUCAUUCAGAAGUACCUGGAUCGGAAAGUUACAGAGCAGAAGAGAUACAGUGGUGAGAAGUAUGGUGCAGUGACGCUGAUUGGAUCCUACAAGAAAGAAGAGCAGAAGCUUUACAUCGAGGUGCUGAACGCUGUCAAUCUCAUCCCCCUGGACUCCAAUGGUGCCAGCGACCCUUUUGUGCAACUGUCCUUGGAGCCCAGAUACAUGUUCCCUGAGGUGGAGACCAGGAACACCAAAAAGAAAAAGGCUGAGCUGAACCCACUCUUUGAGGAGUCCUUUGAAUUCUUGGUGUCCCCGGAACAGUGUUGUGCUGAUGGAGCCUGUUUGGUACUCACCGUCUUUGACUAUGAUACGCUGGGCACUGACGACUUUGAGGGAGAGGCUUUCCUAUCACUGAAGGCUAUCCCGGGUCUGAGGGAGUCCCAGGAACCUGCAAGGACCCAGCAGAUCAGACUGCCACUCAUGCACCCCAAGCCCAACGAGGACAAUAUCCUGAAGCUGCUGGAGACCCGGCGCAGUGACCGAGAAGCCCAGGCUUUCAUCAAGCAGCGGCGCCAGCGAGAGAGGAAAUCUCAGGAGGUGUAGUGGAGAGGGGGGCAAGCCUCACCCUGAACAUCACCAGGGAGAAAUCAAAGAAAUAAAAUAGUCUGGAGUGAAUCCAUGUGUGGUAAUCACAGCAUGGUAUUUAUAGAUUUCAGUUUGGACCUGAGUCUGGCCACAUGAAAAUAUCAUAGAUGUGAUAAACUUACUUUCUAAUCACCCUGUGUACAGGAUUCAAUUCAAUUUAUUUUAGGAUUAGAAAUAUCUUCAUAGGAAGGAACAUAUAUUUUUUAUUUGCACAUUUAUUUGAACAAAAACAAAAAAAAAGUAUUAAUCCUGAAACUUCAUACAUUUUAUAACAAAUGUCAAAGUUUGUCAUUGAAUUUAUUUGAGUAGCUGUGAAGUUGUGAAAGCAGUGAUUCUAGAUGCAAUUUUUCAAUAUGCUUUGUGCCGCAUGUGUCUAGACAAGGCUGUUAAUGUAUGUUCUGGUUUUAAGAUGUCUGGCCCAAAUGUGUUUUGUUUUAACAAGCAACUGUUUUAUUUAUUUAUUUAUUCAAUUAACAUCCUGAUUGAAAUAAA